AUGCUGGAAACCGGCACGGAGCCGUGGCUGGCUCAUCACAUCGUUUCUUCAUGGACUGCUGAUGUCGACUUCAAGACGCAUUUGGCAUUUACCCAGAGCCAAGUCAAUCUUAUUUCAUCCAUCGGUGAUAAUGGUCUCUAUCUCUGCUCGCUGCCUCAAUCGUACAUUCUGGAUGUCUUUGGUCCUGCUCCGCUCUCGGCUGUCUCGUCCAUCCUCGCUGCCUCGGGCUAUGCCAUCAUGGCUCUCGUCUAUGCAAAGAUCCUCCCAGUCUCGCCCGUUCUCAUGGGCGUAGGCUUCUUCAUGGUUGGUCUUGCUUCCUCUGGCGGCUACUCCUCCGCCCUGGCGACAAACGUGGUCAACUUUUCCCCGGACAGUCGCGGCACUAUCGUCGGCAUCAUCGUCGGCGGCUUUGGCCUCUCGGCAUUUAUCCUCUCCCAGCUAUACUCGGCCAUCUGGGCUCCGUCGAGCGUCUCGGCCUUUUUCACCACUUUGGCCAUUGCCCUUGGCACCAUCUUUGCCCUCGGCGUUUUUCUGCUCAAACGGCUGCCGUACGCAGACAAGGACGGCCCGCCAGCGUCAGACGAAGCCAAGGCUGCCGGCGACGACUUUGCGUCGUCGGCAUCGGUCAACAGGCCGCUUAUCUCGCCAGUCGGUAGCAGGGGUGGCCGGCCGGCGGCUGCGCGCUCCGAUGCCGAGUCGGCCGCCCUCCUCGUGCCGCACAAGAUUGUCGACGAGUCCGAGUCGGAAGAUGCCGACUCGGACUCGGGCAUCUAUGGCCUACGACUCCUGCAGUCGCCCGAGUUUCUUCUGCUCUACGGCGUGCUUACGUGCUCGCUCGGCUGUGGGCUCAUGUACAUCAACAACUUGUCGUCGGUCAUGGUCUCAAUUGCUGCCGGCUCGCUUGCAGACUCGACGCUCUCGUCGGCAACCUCGCUCCAGGUUGGGGCACUCUCGAUCGGCAACUGCCUUGGCCGUAUUUUGUUUGGCACGAGUGCUGACGUGCUCGUGCCGCGGCUGGGCAUCCCGCAUGCCACCUUCCUGGUGGGCACGCUUGCGCUCAUGACGGCGGCACAGGCGCUCAACGCGUUCUUCUAUCUCUCGACGGCCACGAUCUGGAUCCCGACCAUUCUGACUGGCCUCGCGUACGGCGGCACGUUCUCCAUUGGGCCGACGUGCAUCGCACGGUUUUCACUGGCGUACUUUGCCACCAACUGGGCCAUCGGCUCGACGGCGGCCGGCGUUGGCGGCAACGCCAUGAACACGCUCUUUGGUCACUUUUACGACGUCCAGACCAAGGCCCAGGGCCGGUCCGAAAAGUGCUUCGGCCACAAGUGCUACCAGACCUCGUUCUUCAUCUCGUUUGCGCUCGCCGUCACCGGCCUCAUCCUCGCCGUCAUCCUCACGCUUCGCCGCCACCGCAUGGGCGGCGCCAUGACAAUGGCCAAGGUCGCCCACUGA